GGAGGGCGGUACCACAAGAGGUGGCGGUGGGGGAGGCUGAGGAGCAACAGCUGCUAAUGGACUGGUCUGACUCCUCCUACCGGGUUGCUGGUUAGUGUGAGGCGGGCGGCAGGGGACAAGGAGCGGAGAGAAACUCUGGGACUUAUUGGCACCCGACGUUGUCUGGACCGGGAUCUCCUCUCACUUCCCGGGACCCGUAUGUUCCGCCGCCAGCAGGCAGGGCUGCAGCACUAGCGACUAAUGGAGCACAUACAAGGUGCCUGGAAGACUCUGAGCAAUGGCUUUGGGUUUAAGGAGUCAGUAUUUGAGGGGAGCAGCUGUAUGUCCCCCACCAUUGGGCACCAGUUUGGAUACCAGCGUCGGGCAUCAGAUGAUGGCAAACUCAGCGACACGUCCAAGACUAGCAGCACCAUGCGUGUGUACCUACCCAACAAGCAGAGGACAGUGGUUAAUGUGAGGAGUGGGAUGAGUUUACACGACUGUCUCAUGAAAUCCCUGAAGGUCCGAGGGCUCCAACCCGAAUGCUGCGCAGUUUUCCGACUGAUCCAGGAUCCAAAGGGGAAGUUGCGCUUGGAUUGGAAUACAGACGCCAUGUCACUAGUUGGGGCGGAGCUGCAGGUGGAUUUUCUCGAUCACGUUCCUCUCACGACACACAAUUUUGUGCGGAAAACGUUUCUAAAACUGGCAUUUUGCGAUAUCUGCCAGAAGUUUCUGUUGAACGGCUUCCGCUGCCAGACGUGCGGCUACAAGUUCCACGAGCACUGCAGUACCAAGGUGCCCACCAUGUGCGUCGACUGGAGCAACAUACGACAGCUGCUAUUAUUUCCCAAUCCAAACAACAUGGAAGGCGGCAGCCACACGUUAACUUCACUGAGGCGAAUGCGAGAAUCUGUCCGGAUUCCAGCCAGCUCCCAGCAGAGGUAUUCAACUCCUCACCCCUUCUUCUUCAAUACCCCCAGUCCUGCUUCCGAGUGCUCCCUAUUCCAGAGACAGAGAUCCACUUCCACCCCCAAUGUGCACAUGGUUAGUACUACGAUGGCGGUGGACAGCCAAGUGAUUGAGGAUGCGCUGCGGAGUCACAGUGAGUCAGGGAGCCCCAAUAAUCUGAGUCCUACAGGUUGGUCCAAUGCUAAAGCGCCAGCCCCCACGCACCGAGAGAAGGCGGCUUCAUCUACUGGCCAAGAAAAGAACAAAAUACGGUCCCGCGGGCAGAGAGACUCCAGUUAUUACUGGGAGAUAGAGGCCAGUGAGGUUAUGCUCUCUUCAAGGAUUGGAUCGGGCUCCUUCGGAACAGUGUACAAAGGAAAAUGGCACGGGGACGUGGCAGUGAAAAUCCUGAAGGUGACGGAUCCAACACCGGAGCAACUCCAGGCUUUCAGGAAUGAGGUGGCUGUACUCCGGAAAACGCGACACGUGAAUAUCCUGCUGUUUAUGGGGUACAUGACCAAGGACAAUCUGGCCAUCGUCACUCAGUGGUGUGAGGGGAGCAGUCUGUACAAACACCUCCACGUCCUCGACACCAAGUUCCAGAUGUUUCAGCUCAUCGACAUCGCCAGGCAAACGGCACAAGGGAUGGAUUACCUGCAUGCGAAGAACAUUAUCCACCGGGACAUGAAGUCAAACAAUAUCUUUCUCCAUGAGGGAUUAACGGUGAAGAUCGGAGACUUUGGUUUGGCCACGGUGAAGACCAGGUGGAGCGGAUCCCAGCAGGUGGAGCAGCUAACUGGAUCCAUUCUCUGGAUGGCCCCAGAAGUGAUCCGCAUGCAGGACAAUAACCCCUUCAGCUUCCAGUCCGACGUCUAUGCCUAUGGGAUUGUGUUAUUUGAGCUGAUGAGUGGGGAGCUGCCAUACUCACACAUUAGGGACAGGGACCAGAUCAUAUUUCUGGUUGGACGAGGAGGGAUGGGCCCCGACCUCAGUAAACUCUACAAGAACUGCCCCAAAGCAAUGAAGAGACUUGUUGCAGAUUCUAUCAAGAAACUCAGGGACGAGCGACCCCUCUUCCCCCAGAUCCUUUCAUCCAUUGAGCUGUUACAACACUCGUUGCCCAAAAUUAACAGAAGUGCAUCAGAACCCUCGUUACACCGCGCUGCACACACAGAGGACAUCAACUCAUGUACAUUGACUUCCACCCGACUGCCAGUUUUCUGACUGUCACCAAGUUCUCACUGAGCUCCAAGUACUUUAUCCCAACCGGACUUUAUUCAGCAUCUCGGGCAGUUGCUCCGGGGGGGGCUAGGACUCUCCAGUGUGACACCCCAAUAUAAACUGUCCAGUUCCUAUAGCAACAGCGCAGUUAUCCCACUCCUGCAGCUUUGAGGUCUGGAAUAUUCUUCCUUUUAUCCCAGAUGAAUUUGGGGAUAUUCUCUCUGUGAUGGAGCAACGUUGGGGUGCAGAAUGGAGUGGGGGGGUCAUUAAUAGACUUGAUUUGCACAUCAGCUGAUGGACAGACGAGGGAGACGAUUGGGCAGUACAGGGAGGUUUGGGUUGUGCAGCUGGGGGGCCCCGUGGUCACAUACACAAUGUACAAAGCCCGUCCAGCUGAGACCCCCACACUGCACUAUAAAGGGAAUGGGGGUGAUACCGUUUGUUAUUAUUUGAUUUGGGUUUUAAUUGGUUCUUUUAUUGCGACUGAUUUGCCCUUUUGUCAUAAAUUAAAUGCGUCUUACGUUUUA